GGAAGGGAUAUCAUUCAUCAAGAAUAUAGGCAUCAUAACCUGAUGUUGAGGGAUGUGUCAUUAGAUGAUCAAGCAACGUAUGAGUGCAUAGCCCUCAAUUUACUUACUGGAGAAGAAGAUGUGGCCUCUGCAGUGUUAUACAUCCUGCAGCCACCUUACUUCUGUUCAUCAGUGGAAGAUGUAGAGAAGCCAGAGAGUCUAACCGGGCGCCUGACCUGCAAAGUCUUGGGGCAACCUCCGCCCGUUGUGACCUGGUACAAGAAUGGUGAGCUCCUCCCUAUCAGGGGGCGGAUCACCCAGAUGAGCCAAGACAAUUGCCAUUCAGGUGAAAGGAUUGUCGGUAAUACAUUGGCUAUCUGGAACUCUUUAGCAGAGGACAUUGGUAUCUACCAGUGUGUGGCUACCAAUGAGGCAGGGACGGUAUAUGGAGCCUUGUACUACAAUGUUGAAGUACCAGAGAAAAGACCAUUCCCACCAAACAAUGUGACUGCCAUUGUGAAUGAUAGUCGUACCAUCACUGUAAGGUGGAAACCUGUACCACAACCUGAUGUCCAAGCCUACUCCAUUUACUAUUAUCCAACACCAGAUGGUUCGUGGGCAGCCAUGGUGGCGCGUAUGAACGAUACAGAAGUGGUAUUAGAAAAGCUACAGCCCUAUACCAACUACACCAUUCAAGUAAAGACAUUCAUAAGCAGUGGGAGCAGUAAUCUGACGGAGCCUGUGUAUGCUUUCACCCAGCAGACCAUACCGGACAGUGCUCCAUGGUUCUGGCUGACUAGUAGCAGUCCAUUCAGCAUUAACAUCUCUUGGCUGCCUUUACCAUUAGAAAAGAGCAAUGGACAUAUUAAUUUGUACAAAAUUUGCUACAGGCAAGAGUCGGUCACAGAUAUCAGUUAUAGCUGUUUUGAGAAGGUUGCAGGAACGAACUCUGUGGUUCUGAACAACCUUGAGGCUGCUACACGAUACGAUGUCAAGAUGGCUGCUGCCACAAGUCCUGGGUUUGGACCGGAAUCACAGUGGUUAGGCAUACGUACCAUGGACGUGAGAAAUUGCACCCUUGCUUCACCACUGCUGAUUGUCCAUAAAGUCAUCAAUGCCACUGCUGUAGAGGUCAAGUGGUCAGUCUCUGAAUCCAACGGUACCACAGGAGAGUCCAGUAUUGAUGGUUUUAAGAUGACCCUGACAUCCUACAACGAUGGAUCACAGCAGAUGAGGACGUUCCCCAAGGAACAAAGGAAAGUUGUCAUAGGAGGCCUAGAACGACAGACAGCAUACAAUCUUGUGAUGCAAGGAUGGAACGAGUGUGGAGAUGGUCAUGUAACUGCUCUUGCAUUUCAGAUGCCACGUAUUGAUCCUUCAGGCAAUCGAUUCUUCAUGCUUCCGCCGUACGAUAUCAGAGCUCAAUCUACCUCAAGGGCUAUCUAUUUACAGUGGCAACCUCCACGGACAUCCAUUGUUAUCUCCUAUUAUUCUGUCUUUGCUGAGCCAUCCAAGAAUAGCCCUGCUAAAACAACCGACACUUUCAGUUCAUCAUGCUCUAUAGAGUUAAAGAAUUUGGAACCGUACACAGAGUACAGAGUGAUGGUGAAAGCCCAUGGGACUAGUUUGGAAAGUGAUUACAGUCCUCCUAUAUACAAGAGAACAAAAGAAGAUGUCCCAUCUGCACCUACUGAUGUAAGUAUCAUCACACCUGUUGAAUCACCUGGAGCUGUAUUGGUAGAAUGGCAACCUCCAAGGUAUCCCAAUGGUAUCAUCACUGCCUACCGUGUCACCUACCAAUCCUUGAAUACAUCACAUCUCCGGCCAGAUAAUGCUACCAUAGUAACAAAUGGUACUUCUCUGCAGGCCCAAUUCAGCAGUCUUAAAUACGGGCAUCAUUAUGCUUUCACGGUAGAGGCAUUUACCAGUGUAGGAAAAGGUCCAAGAUCAUCAAGAAUGAUGUAUAUUGUGAGGGUUCAGGAGCUCCCAAAUAAAACCCCAUACCCAGAUAUUGUCAAUCUAGAUGAUCUAGAGAAGGGCAUUGUAGCUGGGAUUGUGCUUGCAACAGUCUGUAUUAUGAUCUGUACACUCCUGCUCAUCUUCAGACACAGGAAGGAUUGCACCUGUCACAACAAGUUCUGUGUAACCAAACAAGAAGAAAGACAGGAGGCCCCAGGUAUAGAGUUGGUAGGGGAAACAAGAACCGUAGAAACACAGCUCUACCCUCCACUCACACAAUCGGCAGUCUUGCAACACCAGCUCUGCAGUGGUCAAGAAGACCCCAAAAGUGUAGAGCCAUUAUUACACGACUACAUUCUGACCAAGCCUCACUCUGGCUACCUCAACGGAACCACAACCACCAUCACUAACACCGCCACUACCAUGAUAAUAACACCUCAUAACCAGCAACAGCAUCAUCAGGAAUCCAGUCUACCUCAUCUGGCGAGCACAAGCCAUCAGGAAUCCCCUCCUCAAUGCUCUUCUCUAACCUUCGCUCCUCAUCCUGGACCCAUGACGACAGGAAGCAGAAGCAGCAGCCAGCAAGACAUAGCCACGGCUUCAGAGACAGCUACCCACCUCUGUCUGGUCCAUUCAGGCCCAGCAUCUACCUCAGCAGUAGACCAUUCACACAUAGCACUGCUACAAGAAGAAGAACAACAAAACCUCCCCGAUGGCUCGGGCACUGAUUCGCCACCACGCCCGGCGUCGUACCGGGGCACAAACAGUGAUAGUGGGAUGGAUGGGGACAUAGAUUGGGAUAUUGGUGAUGAUCUGGAUGAUGAGGGAUCAAACACCAGGCAUCCUGUUGAUCCCAGUACCUCUUACCUCAGCAGAAAAAUGAGUUAUCACAGCGAUCGAGAAGGCGCUAAUCCAGACUUAAACCCCAAGGCACUCUACCUCUGUAGUGGGGAUGUCAGCUACGCGUAAAGUCAUACCAACUGGCAGGAAAAAACCCCAAAACAAUCAUGAAUGAUUUCUUUUUAUCAGGGCGUAGAGUUAAUGUUAUCUUGUGACACUGUUUGUGAAUGUUUCUACUCUGCUGUCAACUCUACCUGUGUGUUCUUCUGAGGCAGACGCAUGAUGAACAUCUAACGAUAUCAAACACCCAUGCAUUGUUUACUGUGAUAGAUUAUUGUUGUUCUUUCCUGAAAAUGUGAAGGGGUCACGUCGACGAGGAGGCAUCUUUACACCUGUAUGAUAGAGGAUAUGUGUCAACGCUGUUUUAUCAACAUCUUCUACAGGGAACAAGUUAUGGAAAAGGAGUUUGAGACAUGGAGGUGUUCCUAAGAGAGAGUGGGUGGAGAAUGUUUUGCAGAAUAUUAUACCUCAAGCUGACUUGAAUGGACAACCAAUGAACCACUAUGCUUCCAUGGGAAGGUUUGUUCACAUUGCCCACAUUUCAUCACUUGAUGAUGAUGUUAUUUUUGUAUUCAAACAUGCUGAUUGUUUUAAAUCAUUAUACUUACAAUGUAAUGAGAUAUUAUAUUCAUGCCUUUGCUUUGACAGAGAAGUAGGUAUAAAUUCUCUGCCAUGUCAAUUUGUCAAAGAUAUUUGACUAAAGUGAAGAAGAAAAUGUACAGUGGGUUCUACAAGGAAACAUUAAGUAUUUCUUGUUGGAGCAACCGACUGAACAAAUAUUACAUUUGUUAGUUUUUUGUCUCACCUGCAUAGCAGAGUGAGACUAUAGGCGCCGCUUUUCCGACGGCGGCGGCGGCGACGGCGACGGCGGCGUCAACACCAAAUCUUAACCUGAGGUUAAGUUUUUGAAAUGACAGCAUAACUUAGAAAGUAUAUGGACCUAGUUCAUGAAACUUGGCCAUAAGGUUAAUCAAGUAUUACUGAACAUCCUGCCUGAGGUUCAUGUCACAUGACCAAGGUCAAAGGUCAUUUAGGAUCAAUGAACUUAGACCAUGUUGGGGGAAUCAACAUCAAAAUCUUAACCUAAGGUUAAGUUUUUGAAAUGUCAUCAUAACUUAGAAAAUAUAUGGACCUAGUUCAUGAAACUUAUACAUAAGAUUAAUCAAGUAUCACUGAACAUCCUGCAUGAGUUUCACAUCACAUGACCAAGGUCAAAGGUCAUUUAGGGUCAAUGAACUUUGGCCGAAUUGGGGGUAUCUGUUGAAUUACCAUCAUAACUUUGAAAGUUUAUGGAUCUGAUUCAUGAAACUUGGACAUAAUAGUAAUCAAGUAUUACUGAACAUCCUGUGCAAGUUUCAGGUCAUAUGAUCAAGGUCAAAGGUCAUUUAGGGUCAAUGAACUUUGGCCAAAUUGGGGUAUUUGUUGAAUUACAGCCAUAAAUUUGAAAGUGUGUUGGUCUAGUUCAUAAAACUUGGACAUAAUAGUAAUCAAGUAUCACUAAACAUCCUGUGCGAGUUUCAGGUCACAUGAUCAAGGUCAAAGGUCAUGUAAGGUCAAAGAACUUUGGCCACGUUGGGGGUAUUUGUUGAAUUGCCAUCAUAUCUCUAUAAGUGUAUUGGUCUAGUUCAUAAAACGUGGAAAUAAGAGUAACCAAGUAUCACUGAACAUCUUGUGCGAGUUAUAGUAGUUUUCAAAAUCAGCACUGCUGCUAUAUUGAAUCGCGUGAUGCAGGUGAGACGGCCAGAGGCAUUCCACUUGUUUAAAAUAUAAAACAUAAAGAAAGUGUCAAUGAUAUUGAUAAUAAGAUUGAUAUUAAUAGUAGUAGAGUAAAUGAUAACACUGAUAUAAGUGGUAAAUACAUUAUCUUUUUAUAGCCCCUAUGAGAUUAUAAGCAAAUGUUUCUUUGGACUUUGGCUACAACUUCGGCUUAUUAAGGCAUUCAAGGGAAAAAUUUAUUAGGUACCAAUUGCUUCACUAUUGUUGAUUGCAGCGGAAUGUGGAUAAAUUCCUUACCAAAGGAAAUGAAUGUUGUGGAGUUUGAAAAAAAAAUUCACGACCCUUCAAGAACCCCCACAACGCUUCCACAAAAUAUGCAUGUAUUUCCUGAUAUUUAUAUUUUAUAUGUAUUUGUUUAUGUCAGUGAUAAGUGGCAUUUCUUUCAUGGAAUUUCUUGUGGAAAGUCUAUGUCAAGAUAAGUGUAAAAAAAAAUGCAAUUUUGGAAUAGUUGUUUGAGGACCUCACAUGACAUAACCUUAUCUACCUGUUGUGAGGGAAUCUAACCUUUGAUGUGUUCUCACAUGUCAUUGUCAUUAUUAAGGGUCUGCUUGGCUUUGGCGUCUCAGUUCUCAUCCAUUAUUGGGCAUGAUCUAAUGUUUUAAACAUAUUUACCUCUUUCUAAUAACAAUACAAGGAGAAAAUGAAAUAAAGAAGUUUAUUACAGUUUGGAGUUCUAGAAUAUAUGAAGUAUAGAUCCUUUCUACCUCUUUUACAGAAACAGAGAGAUAUCCACCAAAUGACAUUGCCUUUCUAUUGCAUCAGGAUUUAUUUUAUUCUUGUCUUUGUAUUCAUUAAUCAGUGUUUGAGCAGGAUAAACUGCAGUGAGGAUUUAAGGAAUUUUCAAACCAAUAUCAUCCUAUUCUAUUGAGAAAAAAAAAUGGUGAAUUUGUAAUCAUUUUUUUUUCUUGUAACUUUCAGGCAGAGAUCUAUGGUAGGGCAGAACUAAAAAUUAUAGAAAAUUUUGAGAUAUUUUUUUUAAGGAAAAAUAAUGUUAAACUAUUGGUUUUCAUACAGUCCAUACUACCCGGUUGGAUUAAUCCUAAUUUUGUUGUCCUUUUAUUUGCUUUUAUACUUUUUCCCCCAAUCUAGUCUAAUUUCUGAUUCUAUCAUUUUAAUCCGGUGUCAAAUGAUAAGAAUUCAAUAUAACCUACCGAUAUUUUCUGCUACCUCUAAAGCCCAUUGUCCAUAAAUGAUUAAGGUAAUUUCUGAUUAAAAUUUAUUAGAUCAUAUCCUGAGAGGAGAUGGUAAACAAUACUAAUUGAACAUCAUUUGUUAAAUCACCACUACCCAAUUUAGAUUGCUGUUACGUUCAUUUGUGUAUUAAUGCAAGUGUGAUGUAAGGAUGUAUUUGUAUUUCUUUGUAUAGAUAAUGAAAACCCGUUUCACAUCACAAUAUUUUCUUACGUUUUAGGAUGUUUUAUGGAAUCAAAUGGAAAAAAAAACUACCUCAAACUUUAGAUAUAAGAAAAUAUUGAAUUCACAAGACAAUUCCUCUUAUUACAUCAAAUAAAUGUGAAUAGACGUUGUGGAUUCACUCUUUCGAUUACCAUGUUAUUCAAUGAAAAGCACUUCGGAUUUUUGUUGUUGUUGUUGAACAAUAUAUGAUAGCAGGAUGUAAACUAUAUGGUAUAUUUUGUCAGGUACACACAUGUAUAGCUCAGUGUCAUGGCACAUUGUUUACUUGAAAUUUUCUUCAGAAUAAUUUAAGCUGAGCUUGUAAUAGAAUGAUCAAGCUCUUAGUAUAAAGGAUUGUGGAUUUAAUUAUGGGUAGAGGACUCUUCACCAUUGUGGUGGGCAAUUUGGAGGUCAAUUUGUAGACAGGAUAAUCGAAAAUACAUUCAUUCUUUCGAAAUAAUCUUGAAAAUAUGUAGGCCUACAUGUCAUAUCAAUUUUUCAGUAGUUUUUUAUUACAGUGUACAUGUCUUGCAGUCGCCAUAUAUUAGAAAUUAGUAUUAGAACUGAUUGCUGCAAUUGACACCUUCAGAGUUAUUUGAUAAUCAAGAGUAGAUUGAUUAUGAUAUUUUAUGUUUGUAGAAAUAUAAACAACGUAUUGAAUACUUUCUCUAUUGCGGCCAUAUACAUGUAUUGAGAACUAAAAUUUGAAUUAUUGCUGCAAUGGAAACCUUUGUAGUCAUAUGAUAAUCUAGAUAAUUUUCCAUAGUUUUAUUAUAAACUCAACUCAGGCAUAUUUUUUUCUGUAAGUUUAUGUUGUUGGCAGUUGUUAGAAAUAAAAAAAAAAUAAUCGUCA